CACCUUGAGAAUGUUUCGCAUUGUAUUCACCAAGAGGCGCCCUAACCAGGUUAAGCGAACCUGUUAUGCCUAGUCAAGCCAAAUAGACAGAUUCGCAGAAAAAAGAGGGAAAUCAUGGUUAACCAGGCAAUGUCCUGUGAUCUCAAGGAGUUGGUGCAGAAGUUCAUCCCUGAGGUGAUUGGAAAGGAGAUCGAGAAGGCGACAUCCAGCAUCUAUCCUCUGCAGAAUGUCUUCAUUUGGAAAGUCAAGAUCCUUAAGGCCCCAAAAUUUGAUCUUGGCAAGCUGAUGGAGGUUCAUGGUGACUACUCAGAAGAUGUCGGAGUGAAGUUGGAGAGGCCAGCAGAUGAACCAAUUGCAGAGGAGGAAGCUGAAGUUGUUGGCGCUUAAGGUCUAGUGUUUUCAUUUUCCCUUUCUAUCUCAAUUUUCAUGGAAUGUUUGAGGAUUUUGUUUUAGUGGAUGGAGAAUUUUGAGAGAUGA